AUGCCUCUCAAGAAAAGGGUGAAGAGAAGUCAUUUUAGAUCAAGGGAGAGUCUUCUUUCAAAGGCAAAUCAGAAGUCUCAAAUGCUAGAGGAUGCAGAGGCAGAGGUAGUUUCCGUGGUCGAGGUCGUGGCAGAGGACGAGCUCAAUUUGGUGGAUGAACAACAACAUGCAAAUUUCACUGAGAAACAACAAGAGAAGGGUAAUCUGUUCAUAGCUCACUCCUCAGUAUAUGAUGGUUUGAAAGAUGUUUGGAUCAUUGAUAGUGGUUAUUCCAACCACAUGUCUGGCAGAAGGUCGGUUUUCAAAGAACUUGAUGAAUCGGAGAAGUCAAAACUUCGGAUUGGGAAUGAAAAGGCAAUGAAAGUCGAAGGGAAAGGUAUAAUUGCUCUAAAAACUUCUCAUGGUAAUGUAAAAUUUCUCCAUGAUGUGCAAUAUGUUCCUUGUUUGGGCAAUUGA